AUGGAAAAGGGUAUGCCAGUACUAAAGGCGAGCCGUAUAUUUGGUGUUCCACGACAAACACUAAGAGACAGGGUGAAAAAUGUUGUUUCUAUUGACUGUGUUACCACUGGACGGACACCUGUAUUUACACUGGAAGAGGAAGGUUAUAUUGUCAAUCACAUUAAGUCCAUGGCGAACCUUGGCUAUGGAUAUACGAGGCAGGAAGCUGUAGAUAUUGGAACCAGAUUUGCGGAAAACUUGGGAAAGCGGAAACACACAGACCCUUUAACAUUGCGAUGGUUUUCUGGUUUCGUGAGUAGAUGGCCUGAACUUCGGGUACUCAAACCAAGAAGUUUAGAACACCUAAGAGCCAAAGCUGCCAGUCCAGGAAAUAUUCAAAGAUAUUUCACGGAAUUAGAUGGCAUUAUCAAGAAGUAUGAUCUGACGGAUAAACCCCAUCUUAUCUUUAACGUAGACGAGAAGGGAAUAUCUCAAUGCCACAGUCCGCCUCACGUUGUUGCAGGCAGAGAGGUUCAUCCUCCUGCUGUUACGUCUGGUAAGUCCUCUACCACAACUAUCAUUGGAUGUGGAAGUGCUGCAGGGUUUGCAUUGCCACCAUAUUUUGUAUUUCAAGGAGCCCGCAUGCACCAAGACCUUCUCAAUGGGACUUCACCAGGAUCAAAUGGCUGCGUAUCUGAAACUGGCUGGUCAAACAGUAGCGUGUUCAGGCAGUACUUAGAGGAACAUUUUCUAAGAUUCAUACCCAGGGAAGAUCGUUAUGUCCUUUUGCUUUUAGAUGGACAUUCCACACACAUCUCCGUUGGAUUAAUUGAGUGGGCAAAAGCGCACAAGAUUAUUUUGUUCAUUCUACCCGCCCACACAAGCCAUAUAUUACAACCACUUGAUGUUGGGUGCUUUGGGCCACUGCAAAAAAUUUACAAUUUUGAAUGCCACAAAGAGAUGCGACUUACGGCAAGUACAAUUAGCAGAUAUAAUAUUGGAUCUCUUGCAAGUAAAGCUUAUACAAAGGCACUCAGCCCAGAGAAUCUCCAAAAUGCCUUCAGAAAAACGGGAAUCUAUCCAUUUGACUCUUCGGCAAUCGAUGGAACUAUAUUGGAGCCCUCCCGAGUCUUUUCAAAUGAUUUAGAUGUCAAAAACAGUGGUGACAAUGCAUGUGGUCCUGCAGAAGACGAACACACUGUAGUCCAUCGAAUGACCGACUUUCUCGCCAAAAAAGAGGCAACCCUAAUUUCUACAAAAUCGGAAAAACAAUUAAAAAAAACGGAGAGGAAAUGCCUCAGCAAACUAACAUCUGGUCGCUGCAUUACAGAGGAUGAAGUUGAACAGGCUAUUCUAAACUACAAGAAGGAUACUAGCUCAAGGAACACAAAGAAUGCAGCAAACAAGAAACAGGACAAGGGACCAAUAUUAAAAGAGAAAGAGGAAGCGACGCGAGUUUCAACAUUGAAUGAUUCACAAACAGCCGGACCAAGUGGAGCUGCAGUUACACAUAAGCCCUGGCUCGAUGAUUGGAAUUCCGAGGAACUAGACAUAGAAAUUAGAGAGGAAGAAAAGUGCUGUGUUUGCAAAAAUUUUACCCCUGAUGCAGUGAGACAAAGCUCUGUACUCCAGUUUGUUAAGUGGGGAAAAUGCAAUGCUUGUGGUCACUGGGUACAUCUGCGAUAUUGCUCUAAAACCAUAGCAGUGAGACGAGGCGCAGAAUUCAAGUGUAUCCACUGUUCUUAA